UUCUCUCCCCCUCCUCUUGCUCAUAGCGGUGAGCACACUGGCUGAGCGUGACUCUGACCGCUACUGAAGGUGUAUAACCGCGUGAUCAGAUCUACCCAGAGCCGGCGGCCCUCGGUUGGUCAAAGGCACUGUGGUUCCCCGUGCACGGCAUAGGCCUGGCUCUGCCACUUGCCGGCUGUGUGAUCUGGGCUAAGUUUCUUAAUCGGUCCCUGCCUCUGUUUCCCCACCUGUGAACCAGGGGUGCUGAUAGCUGCUUACCUUGCAGGGUUAUCAGAAGAAAGAUGAGCCAAAACGUAUAAGGUGCGGGAAGGGGGCCCCGCACAGCGACGGUCGGCUGUUCCACGGACGUGUGCUGUGUUCCGACUCCCACCAUGCCUCUGGGCUGGCCUUGCUCAGCCCACAGAAAUGAGAGCAGGGAGGGGUGGUGGAGGGGCGCUCGGCACAGCCUGCAGCGGUCCAGGGAGGGGCUCCUUUAGCCCACCAGCCUGGCUCAUCUUGGUAUCAGCUGCAGGGGGCCACGGAUGUGACUCCACACCUUUUUGGUGGAAACGCCCCUCCUUUUCUGGGAAGGCGGGCAGAGCCCGGGUCCCUUCCUGAGGCCGGAGCGUCCCCCUCUGAUAAUCCCACGAGCGAAGAGCUGCGAAUCCUGAGAAGAGAAGCUUAACCCCCUCUCUGAUUGGUUUGCCCUGGAUUCUGGUGCCAAACGUGCCUGCACACGCACACCCUUGCACACGUGCACACACAUCCUGCCUAGCAGCCUCCUCGUCCUCCUCCUCCCUUUCCCCCUGCCAUUUACAAGCGGCUCCCCCUGCAGAGACCAGACCCUCGCCCCCUUCCGCCCCUGCCGGAGUCCCGAUGCGUCUCCCGGGGUGGGGGUCUCUACCUCGGCACUGCUGACGUGUGGGGCCGAACCAGCGUUCGUCGUGGGGACCGUCCCGGGGCAGCGCGGGAUGGGGAGCAGCGGCCCAGGCCUCCACAUACCAGACACUGGCAUGUCGUGACAGCAAAGCAUGUGUCCAGACAUUGCCGCGUGUCCCCUGCAGAGCAGACCCACACCCCACCGGGAACAGUCGCCCUGCGGGAUCUCGUUAAAGGUGUGCAAGACGAGUUGGGAACAGAGCCUGGGCCCUGGCGGGCAGGUGUGGGCCAAAGUGAUCCGGAGGGACAUGUCGUAGGGCUCGUCCCGCGUUCCGAGCUCCGUGUGCCUUGUCUCCAGGGGCUUGCUCUCCUCAGAGCGUUCCAGGCUGCCGUGUGCAUCUCCUGUCCUUGCGUGUCCUCAGCCCCUGGCGCCUUGGCCCCCACCACCCUCCCUCCAAAGCCGUGUCCGCGGAGGCCGCCGACAUGAGAAGAAACACAGGCAGAGCCGCUCAGCCGUGUUCCGGCCCCAACCACGAAGCCCCGCUUUUGAGGCGGAAGCACAGAUUGCUCCAAGCCCACGAGAGAGGAGACCUCACUCUGCAGAGAAGACAAGACCUCCAGCAGCCCCGGCGCCUGGCCGAGGGGCCGAAGUCAGGGUCCCCGAGCCCACGCGCGCGAGGCCCGGAGAGGCCGUGUUUAGCGCAUCUGUUCGGUGCUGCGGGAGGACAGGCCAGGGAGCACCCACCUGACUUGGAGAGGCCUGCCCAGCGAGGAGCAGCCCGGCUGCAGGGGGCCGGGGAGAAGCACAGAGCAGAGAGGAGUCACCCAGAGGAGCCGGUGAGACUGCGGCCCCAGUGCACCAAGAGGAAGGCGGUGGGCACGGAGAAGCAGGGGGCUACCAAAGCCACAGGCCUGACCCGUCGCCCCCGCUGCGCCCCAGAGAAGAAUAAGGGGGAGCGAGUGCCUUCGACAAAGACCGGCGGUGGCCGCCGUCCCGCUGACCCGCAGGUGAGCAGAGGGUUGAACAUGGAAAAGCUGUUGGCUGCCGUGGAGGGACCGGAACGUCUGGAGCAAAGGGAGGGAGAAGGAGCCUGGGACGGGAGUUGGCAGCCGGGAAAGGAGGCGCGUUCUCCCGUCCAAGGCCUGGAAAGCAAAUCUCUGCAUCAGGGUCCCCAGGGAAAAGCGAAAGACCUAGAACGGCUGUGGCCGCUUGGCUCUCCCCUCCGAAGGGGAGCCACGUCACCCGUGUCCCUGCGCUGGCACGGUGACAGGAGCAGGUGGCAGAGGGAGCUGGAGUUUGCCUCCGAAGGGUUGUUUGACACCAAGAGAAAGCUGAAGGAACGCCUGAUCUUGAACCCUGCACCCAGGCCCGGGGCGGAUCACAGCCCCGGCGGGGAGCACGGCCUCUCGGGGAUGCAAGGCUACGGAGGCGAGACCCAAAGAGACCAGAAGACGGGAGGUGUGGAGACGGAAAUGGAUCCUGGCAGGGGGUCCAUGCGCCCCGCGGAUGCGGACGCCCGCCGGACGGCGUCCCGAGACAGGUGGAGAAAGUUCCUGAGGAGCUCGAGAACCCCAAGUAUCACAGGUUGGCCAGGCUCACGUUUACGAAUGAGACUAAGCCGUCGUUUCCUGUCGGUGAAGAGACCCGGCUCCCGUGCUCCGGCUCUGGGCGGGCACCGGCCGGGCUCGACCCGCUGGCCGGGGGCCCCCGUCGCCCUGCCCCACAAGACCUGCCAGACGGAGCUGGCUGCAUGGCAUUGCGGCCCAGGCGGGGGGGCGGAGGCCGGGUCGGCAGACGGGACCCCAGGGGCCGAGCUGGGGAGCCCACCCCCAGAUCGAGCUGGAGGAGCCCAGAGAACAGGGAAGGGCGUGCGUGGCUCUUCUGAAGUCCCCCUCCUCCCGAGACCCGGACGAGGAAGGGCCGUGUGAAGGCAACGCCACUUCCCCCUGGCCCUCUAGCUUCGCAGACGAUGACGGGCACAGUCAGAUGACCCGUGACCUUCGGCAGCAAAUUGAAGAGCAAAACAAGUUGCACAAGCAGU